GUAGCUGAUGAAUUAUCAUUAGGGGAUUAGGGGGUUAAUAACGUUGUUGGAAGAAAACAAAUUGCUUAAUAAAAUCAAGAUGGCGGAGUUUGCGCCGAGGAUGGCAUGUCGUCUGCUCGGAACAAAAUACAAGCAACUGUCAAACAAGCAUUACAUCGUAUUCACGUUGCAUCGAGAGAACGUUUUUCGUGCUUCGAUUGCAUGGAGAUUUUUGUGACGUGGUGGAAAAUUCUUGAGAAAAAUGGAGCAAAAACAUGAUUCGACGCGCCUCAAUCACAAGGAGUGGAGACGAAUCGCCAAGCGGGAACGUCGUAGACGCAUACGACGCAAAGCCGCUCAAGACCGUGACUUGGACGAGGAGCGCUUGAGGGCGACACUUGAAAGUACCGCGGAAUAUACGAAUUGGAUCGCUGAGCAAUUGAAAGAAAAAAGAGAACGAGAAAUUGCAGAAAAACAAGAACACGAUGAGAGGGAAAAAUUGUGGCUCGAAGAGGAGGUACGAGCCCAAAAAGAGUGGCAAAGCGGUCAAGAACGAAGAGCAAAAUUGCGUCAGGAGCAAUUGAUGCAAGAAGAAAUAAUCCGUAAAGAAUGGGAGACAAAGCAGGCAGCGUUGAAAAUGAAGAAAGAAGAGACGCAACGCCAGCACGAAGAAGAGUUGAGAAAGCAUCGAGACAUUCAAAAAGAAAUAGACAAUUACAUCGACAAUGGGUCUGAAACACCAGAAUUUCUUCGAGUCGUUUCAGAGAGUCAAUCGAGCAAAGAACUGUGUCCUUUUUUCACAAAAACUGGGGCUUGUCGUUAUGGCGAUAUUUGUUCGAGGAAUCAUCGUCGUUUUGCUCUGAGUACAAUAAUCCUUGUACCUGGUUUUUACACGCAUUUUUCACUGCAAAAAAAUUCGGCCGAAUACGACACUGACGUUUCCCUCGAGUUCGAAGGCUCCGAAACCCGCAAAGAUUUUUGCGAGUUCUACGAAUCGGUCGUUCCAGAACUCGAAACUUUCGGACGGAUAAAAACUCUCAAAGUUUGUUGCAACACGGAAAUUCAUCUCAGAGGAAAUCUUUAUGUCGAAUAUUACAGCGAAAGAGAAGCGGCUCGAGCAUGGAGGAAAUUAAAAGGCCGUUAUUAUGCUCAAAGACAAUUAAAUUGCGAGUUUGUGAAUUUAGCCUCGUGGAGAAAUGCUGUUUGCGGUAUGGCCAAAUGCCCCAAAGGCAGAGCCUGCAAUUUCCUUCACACUUUCAGAAAUCCUAACGACGAAUAUGAUAUCAAAUCUCCGCCGCGAUGGGCCAAGAAAAAUAACGAUUUUGAAAAUUCUUCUAGCAGAAGAAACGAACACAGGCCUAAAUCAAAAUGGGACGACUGGGAACGCGGAAGCACUGAUGACAACAGAAAUUGGCGAUGGUCCGAGUCGCCUGAGCCGGAGACGGAAAAUCGUUCUAAAAAUGAGAAAUCGCGUCAGAGUGGAAAUGAGGAACGGAAUCGGCACAUAUCGAGGCACGAUCGAAAACGAAACGAUUUCGACGAGAGAUCAACUUCGCGAAGUUCCAGACGCGAAGCCCACAGACGCGAAACGUCAUCGAGAAGAUCGAGUCGAAGAGAAGAUUCUUCGAGUCGAGAGGAGCAAUCGAAAAACCGUGAAACUUCAUCGCGAAAAAGACACAAGAGCUCAGCGAGUGAUGAGGAAAUAACGCGAAGGCAUUCGGAUGUGAGAAAAUCCAAAAAGUCUAAAAGCUCUCGAAAAUCCGACGAGAGUCGCCGGGAUAAAAAAAACCGAGACAAAUCAAAACACAAGACGAAAAACGAGAGGAAAGAAUCUAAUGAAAAUGUCGACACAAACUCGAACGAUUCAUUCAAAAGCGUGAGUAAUCAAUCUGAAAAAAUAAGGAACGAGGAAAAAUCAACGAAUAAACAAAUCGAUCAAAAUGCACCGUCUCCGACGCUACAACUCGUCAAAGCAUCGUCUGUGAGUGACGACGAGUGGAACACGACAGAUUCAGAAUAACUUUCUAAUGUUAAAAUUGAGAGUUUAAACAAAAAACUGUGGAACUUCCAACAGAAUAAAUAUUUUUUCCAAUAA